CCACUUCCACGCAUUCCAAAAAUUUCAGUUCCUCUUCUUCGAGUUCCCACGGUACCGAUAACGAGGGAGUCGCUCCUGCAAUUGCCGAUCGAUCGGAUUCGAUCGUGGUCGGCUUCGAAGCAUGUCGACUGCCGCCGGUCCAAUGUCGCUGCCGCCGGGCUUCCGUUUCCACCCAACCGAUGAGGAGCUCAUCCUCCACUACCUCAAGAACCGCGCCGCCUCCAUCCCCUGCCCUGCCUCUAUCAUCGCGGACGUCGACAUAUACAAGUUCGAUCCCUGGAACCUCCCCGCCAUGGCAGCGUUCGGCGAUCGAGAGUGGUACUUCUUCAGCCCCCGCGACCGGAAGUACCCCAACGGCUUCCGCCCCAACCGAUCGGCGGCGUCGGGGUACUGGAAGGCUACCGGCACCGACAAGCCGAUAUUUUCCGGCAAGGGGAGGCUUCGCGGCGAGGAAGGCAAAAGCAUUGGCGUGAAGAAGGCGCUCGUGUUCUACCGCGGUCGGCCGCCUCGAGGCGUCAAGACCGAGUGGAUCAUGCACGAGUACCGCCUCGCCGAGGCGGGGCACCCCAGGAACAGCCACGACUACACGCCCAAGAAACUCACCAGGGAUUCCUCCAUGAGGCUGGACGAUUGGGUCCUUUGCCGGAUUUACAAGAAGGGAGGCCACCACCAAUCCGCCACGGACGCCGACAAGGAAGACUCCGGCGUGGAGGACGAAACCUUCCUCACUCUUCCGAAAUCCUACUCCUUCUCGGAGCUCCUAGAGGCCGCCGACUACUCCGCCCUCUCGCGCCUGCUCGAUCACGCAUCAUCCUCCUUGGACAACAACUCGAAUCCCAACCAAUCCUUCCUUCAUGGCGGCGGCAGCAGCAGCUACUUGGUUCCGCAGCAUCUCCCUCAACCGCCUUCCCCCGGUUUCAAAACAGAGCACGGCCUGAAACGCCAUGGAUGUUUCGAAUUCGGCUGCGGCAGCGGCGGUGGGGGCGAAGCAUCGCCGGCAAAAAGGGUCAACUUUGCACCCAAAAAUUCCAGCUUCACGAACCAAACCUUCUUCAAUCCCCAGUCACUACUAUCGAGUCCUCACUUGAUGAACUAUCAGUAUCCAACUUAAAAACUCGUGCCUGUAACUUUAUUCUCUCUCUUGUUCCAAAAAGUCGAAACCUAUAGGAUAUCUUAAUAAUGAAAAAAAACGAAGUAGACACCAUAAAACCUUCCCAAGAAUUUGUUCAAAAAACUAGAACUUGGCUUUGUAGAUUACACAAUCCAGUAUAAUGAGUUGAAUGUCUGGUUCUCUGUUGAAGAAUAUCUAACCAAACUGUGAAAUCAUUCAGAAUAAUGGCAUUGAAUUAGUAGCAUCAUACAAAGCAGUGAACAGCAGACAGGAAGGAAUCAAGGAGCUUAACUGGACUUGACAUAAUGACAUUGGUGUUGGUGGGCAACACUGGUUAUUUUAAUUACUUCAGAUUCAGAUAUACGUGGUUGCUAAAAUGAUAAUGAGUUGAUUAUGUCAUGGUGACAAGGGUUUGAGGUUAUCAACUCACCUACUUCGGCUUGAUUGGCAUCCAUCUCAACGUAAUUUAGUCGAUCAAAUGACUUGUCACUGCCAUCCUGAAAAGGAUGCUUAUCUGAUGAAAUGGAUAAAUUUCUCCGAAUGGAUAAGUGAUCAAAUCUUUUUGCUGUCA